AGAGCGGGUUGUUGCAGGACGCAUGAGCGCACCUCCCACAGCCCACAGCAGAGUUCGCGAGCCGCGGGGGCGGGGAGGAUUGGUGGGUUGGUCUUAUUGGGGACCUUCGCAGCUCAAUCUCGUGAGGAGCGGUGAAACAUGUUGACGUUGAUGAAAAAACGGGGCUGGUGAGAGACGUGUCAAGCAGCAGGCGAGAGAUUAUCAGCGAACUUGUUGUUGUCGUUUGCUUUCUUGUUGGCUUUCGAGAAGUACACCUGUGAUCACACAGGAAAAACGAUGGCGCCACCGAAAAAUUUUCGCACUCGACCCUUCGCCCACCAACAGUGCCUGGGUCAUCUGUGGAUUUGUUUAAUCGUCGCCUUUUUCCCGACCCCCGCCCGGUCCCGCGGUUUUCUGCUGACCCGCAGCGACACACAGAACAAAAUUUUCUACUCGCUGUUGCCCAGCUUCGAUGAAUCCAUCACGCAUUCGCAACUGGACAGCACGCAGCUGGACCAGGAUCCGGGGAGCGAGCCUCUGCCGUUGGUAGCAGAUCUAGACCGACCCCGGUCGAUGGCGCUCUGGUCGGACACCGUGAACCACUGGCUCUACGUUUGGGACGCAACAACACAAGACUUGUACAAGUACGAGCUCCUCGCAAAUGGGGAUGAGUUGACCGCAGCUCGCGGACUCCAGCCGGUGGCCCAAGGUUUAGACGUCGGGGGGAUCGCGGUCGACAACGCACAGAACGUGUACUACUCCAUAUCAAACUGAAAAGUGCCCUUGAAAGUGAGAAAUGCCUGCGCAGCCGUCUAGGUUUGUGUACAUUUACAUGGGAAAAAAUAACUUCUUGCAUGAAACGAAUGCGACCCAUCUUGCUUGUCAGAAUCUAGGUAUCUUGCCACACAGCUGUAGAAUGACAACCGCAUAAAUUUUAUUAUUGCCGAGAUGAAGUCUACUGCGUUAGCGUUUACGCAUUUGCAGAACACAGUGCGCUGGUGUUAUAACCAAUUCUGGGACGAGGACCAUUCCUGUUCUUGCGGCUGAUACCUACUUGCAAGGAGGUAGAUGUUUUCGCAAAAAGAUUAUUUCGCAAUACAGAAUGUGAAUGACAAAAACCCACCAGUCGUUCUCUCCGCACUGGGGCGCUUUUCUUUUCGAUCCCCGAACGAAAACGGGGGCUCCAUCACGAAGCUGCCCUACACCGAUCGAAAAAAACCGGAGCAGCUGUACAGCAUAUCAAAUGCAAAAGUGUAGUCUGGGUCUGGAAGAUUCUGUGACUUGUCGUGUAUGUUUUGCAUGGCCCAGGAUGUCUGUAAUGCACGACCUAGCGUCACAGAUUUUUAGAGGGCUUCCCGAUGCCUACUCCGCAUGACAAACGCCCUCCCCGCGUAGCACAAACGAGACUCCUCUUGCUGGUCAUGCAAUACAGAUUUUUUCAGAGUCCAAAGUUAGCAUCAGAAGUUCCAACCUUCCAGACCCAGACACUUUGGCAUUUGAUACAGCAACAAUUUCAACGUAAACGCGCCGCGGGUACUGACCACGGACGCGCUCUAUGUGUACUGGGGAAACCACGCGACCGGAAAGGCGUCGGGGUCCGCGGUGAAAGCGCCGGCGAAAGUCCUCAGCUUGACGCAGACCAGGUAGGAUGAAGAAGAUGAACGGGAGGGGUUUUGCGAUUUUUUUGUUCUGCAAUAGUAACUACUCCUCCGCCCGCUUGUUGUUCUUUUGCAGGCGUCAACAUCUUCAAAGUAUUAGUGCGAUAUGGAGCUGCGCGGAAAUGAAUUUUGAACACUUGUUGAAUGCCUUUUAUGAACUACUUUAUGCACAAACCAAAAUCAGUUAUCCGCGGCAGUUGUCGAAGAAUGUGGUCGUGACAAACGGGGUGUGCGUCACGCCCGACUUCGUUUUCUACACCGGUGGCACAGAGUAUCAGACCGCGAUGGAUUCAUUGAAUGAGUCAAGGAGGGAUGUUUGCUCGCAGAAGUUUUCUAUGUGCAAUGUCGCGAGUAAGUAAUUUUUUCAAAAACAGAAUCGUGCCACCAAGCACCUGUGUACGUUUGUAUUAUGCAAAAAGUACACCACGACCACGAGAAUUUAUUACCGGCAACACCGACGGGCCCAGCGCAGAAAAGCACCAAGUCAGCACUCAGUAGUUUUCUACUAGACACUGACACUUGUCAGUUCCAAGGAUUCGUCACUUUUUGACUAUGAGAAAUGAAUUUUGCCGUCCAUACCCCCGUUUUUGCCGUGCCAAAGGAUGCGCUCCUAUCCCAGAAAAAAAUUAUAGUGUUAGUGUAACUUUUUUGGGUUGACAGCAUCGUAAAUUUGUCCUGCAUGACACAAAAAACUUGUCAUGCGUCACUACUAUGUGAAAUCCGAAAAGAGGCUAUCGUGGUUGGCUGGCCUGACUGUACAUCUUGCACUUCUGUGUUUGCAAGAACAUCUUCAGAGAGUUCUUUUGUACCAACACAGUGUUUCUUCUUUCUUUCGAUAGCGCAACCCAAACGACCAGUGGAGGUUGAUCAACAACGGCUUUAUGAACGCCGCCGGCUGUAUGACGGUGCACAACUCCCCCUCGUUCUCAUUUGUAUAGCGGAAAUACAAGCGCCAGCGAGAAUGCAGGUUUUGCGUGACAAAUUUGCACGGGAUUGUAGUGCUAUUUGGGCUGCCAGAACUUGUUAUGCAAACGGUGCCAAGAGGCACAGCCUGGAUAGGGCAUUUUGCAUGACAAAUGAGGGGGAGGGGGAGAAGUUGUGCACUGUCAUAGGCUGCGCCGCCGACCCGGCCCGCGGAGCGAUCUACGUUGCGGACGAGCAGAGGGGCGCGGUUUUUGAACUGGCAGUAAAUUUCGCGCUAUCAAAUGCAAAAAUGUCUGGGUCUGGAAGUUUCUGACACUUGUCAUGCACGUUUUGCAUGAGCCAUGACGUCUGUGCUGCAUACCCUAGCAACACAGAUUUUUUGAGGGCUUCUUGAUGCCUAUUCCGCAUGACAAGUGCCUUCUCAGCGAAGCAAGAAUUGCAUUCCCUUUGCUACUCAUGCAAUACAGAUUUUUUUGGAAUCCAAAUGCCGCAUCACAAGUUGCCAUCUUCCAGACCCAGACAUUUUUACAAUCCAUACGCGCAGCUCCGGGAGAUCCGGGCGCAAACGAAGAUCACGACCGUAGACGGCGCAAAGCAGCUCGCGGUACUGCGGAGCGGUGCGUUUUCAAACCUGAGGUCUUCUGGCGUGGUGUUACAAUAUCCGCUGCAAAAAUUAUUCGUUCUGGGUCUGGAACACUGUUGCGCGGGUUCUUCUUGUCAUGCUCGGCUAGCGUAAAUCUCAAGUCUGUCAUGCGCAAUGAAGCGGAGUGUUUCAUGAUCAUAGUUAGUGUAGUAUGUAAGCAAGAAGAACGCCUAGAAAUAACUCAAAAACUUGUCAUGCUCGACCGGUUUCCACUGAGUAAAAAUAUCCAAUCAGCGUCACAACAUGUUACCAGAGGACCCAGACAUGUUUGCAUCGUGAUAUGCAAACGAGUUUUCUGAUCUGCGCGAGCGGGCUGAGCGUAGUGUGGAUCUUGUUUGCGACCACCUAAUAUGUAAAACGCGCAUUUUAUUUUCCAUGCAAUAUAACAUACUGAGGUAGUUCCCAAUAAAUGUGUACAUGAGACGAGCCGACUAUCUGACGGG